AUGGAAUACAUUGAACAGGGAGAUUUAAUGGCCCUUGUCGAACGACAAAGGCUAUCGGAAGAAGAAGGAAAAAGUAUUGGGCAACAGCUUGUUGAAGGGUUGGACAUUAUGCCCAGCAACUAUCUCUGUCAUCGUGAUCUCAAGCCGGUGAAUAUCAUUGUAGUCUCUUCAUCUGCGGGGCUUCUACGUGUCAAGCUGGCUGACUUCGGCUCCGCAAAGUCCGCAGUUGGCACACGAUUGCGGACAGAACUUGGUACAGAGGGGUAUAUUGCAACAGAGGUCCUCAACUAUGGCGAUUCAGAUACCUCGACUUACACAUUUAAAGCUGACCUCUGGUCGCUCGGUUGCGUACUUCUUUAUGUGCUCACAAACAAGCUGCUGUUGAGAAGAUACAGGCCGUAUUUCCGGUAUACUACUGGGGUUGUACCGUUUCCGCGUCAGGAGCUAGAUGAAAAUGAUAUUUGUGAACUGGGUAUCCAGUUCAUAACCGAACUUAUGACUCCCGAGCCUGAGAAAAGGCUUAGCGCCAGUCAGGCAUUGGUACAUACCUGGUUUGUUGGAGGUGGGUCAAGAAGUGGAGGACUUGAUGAGGAACUCCAGCGCAACAUACAAUGUGAAUGUGAGUCUCUGUGGAUCGCGUUGUUUAUUGUGUUCUUGUUACCUAAGCUCACCAUCGACUUCACAACUUGUAGUACCGGCGCUUUCCCGAAGCGAACCAGAAACGCCGGUAUCUUUGCGCCCCCCAGAUAG